AUGUUCUUCUCUUCCGCCGUCCGCCUCCUCCUUUGUUGCUUCGGCAGCAACAGCAGCAACAACAACAACAGGGGCCUGGCCACCCCCACCACCAUCAGCGGCCCGCGUAAUUUUACGCACAAGAGGUCGGGCAACCCCGACAUCCCGCUGCGUGCCUUUGUGAGCACGCGGCCACCCUACGUCCAGCCCGAGCGCCUCUAA